UCUCUAUAGAACACAAAUUAAAAAAAAAACGCAGCGAACUCAUAUGAACUCAGCCAGGUGUUCAUCAGCCAACUAAACACUACCGUUGGGCUUCAGUUCCAAGUUCGGAUCCGAAUCCCGCUAUGAUCCGAUUAGGGUUUUAUUUUAUUUUAUUUCAUUUUAUUUUUAUUUUAUUUUUCUCGUUUAGGGUUUCCAGUUUCCACUCUCUCCACUCGCGCUGCUUUGUUUCUCUUCAUCGCCAUGAAUGGAAUCCCUAUCGCGCUUGAGAACCUCCAUUCUCGUUCUCUAUCGUCAUCCUUCGCCUCCAACGCCAUCACCGUUGCCGUCGCACAGAUCUGCCUCAAAGCCGGCUGCAAUGGCGCCCGAACAUCCGUUCUUCACGCCUUAGCUGACAUCGCCGGCCGCUACAUCCAGGCACUAGCUCGCUCGGCUGCCGAAGCAGCAAACGCGCGUGGCCGCACUAACUCGAACCUCCUCGACAUCACCCGCGCUAUUGAAGACCUCUGUUCAAACUCAGGCUUCCGCUUCGCAUCCGACCCUAUGAGGCCACUACUGAAAUCGGCGGUGCUGAAGGAGAUAGCAGCGUUUGUGCGAUCAGCGGAUGAGAUCCCCUUCGCGAGGCCGAUGCGAAGGAAGGAGGCGGAAAAAGUUAGGGUUUUGAUGAGCUUCGCACAGGUGGGGAAGGAGCCGCCAUUGCGGCAGGUGCCGCGGUGGUUGCCGUGCUUCCCGGAGUUAUGGGAAAAGGGGAAACGUAAGGCUUUAGUGGAUUCGGGUUUGGAGGGGUUCGGGUCGGAUCCUGUUCAGAAUCCGGAUCCGAAAAGGAGGUUAGUGGUGGUGAACAGGGAGUUGCCGGUGGUGAGAGCGAGGGUGAAGUUUAGGAUCGGGUUGGGAAAGGACACGAGGAAAAGCAAAAAAUAAUAAUAAUAAUUUUUUAU